AUGAAAUUCGCCGCUGCCUUCGCUAUCUUAGGUGCUCUUGCCUCGUACGCCGCUCCCGCUAAACGUGCUGUUACCGACACUGACAUUCUCCAGUACGCUCUUACCCUCGAGCACCUCGAGAACGCUUUCUACCACCAAUACUUAGGUCAAUUCGAUCAAGCUGCCUUCAAAGCUGCCGGUUACCCUGAUUGGGUCCGAAACCGAAUCGAGAACAUCGCCGAACACGAAGCUCAACACGUCGCUUUACUCUCCGGUGCUUUAGGUUCAGCUGCCACUCAACCUUGUACCUACACCUUCCCAGGUGUUACAGACCCUACCUCAUUCGUCGGUCUUGCUACCGUCAUCGAGAACGUCGGUGUCUCAGCUUACCUCGGUGCUGCCUCAUCCAUCGUCGAGGCGGCCUACGUCACCGUUGCCGGAUCUAUCCUUACCACCGAGGCCAGACACCAAGCUUGGUUAUACUCUUCAGUCGACAAAGGACCAGCAUGGUCCGGUCCCGAGGACACCCCUCUUGACUUCGAUGAAGUUUACUCCAUCGCCAGUGCUUUCAUCACUUCAUGUCCUUCCACCAACCCCACCCUCCCCGUCAAGGCUUUCCCUACCCUUGCCAUCGGAGAUGAUGGAUCCAUCACCACCAGCGCCUCAACCGACGGUGCUUACGUCCAAGUCAUUGCCGGUCUUACCAGCAACGUCUUCCCCGUUGUUAACGGUAAAGUACAAGGACUCCCCACCGUUCAAGGUAUCUCGUACGCCGUCCUCACUUCUCAAGGUAACAACACCCUUGUAGGAGACGACAACAUCCUUGCCGGUCCCGCAAUCUUCAACAAACCCUUCAACUCCCAAUCUGGUAACCCCGCCCCCGCUUUCUAA